AUGGCCAGAGUUCGUAUCCAAUCAGCAGUUGCAGUUCUGUUCACAACAAUUCUGUUUUUUAUGCCUAAGAAAGUUGUCUCCCACCAGCGACCUUUAUGCACGGCUCAGUAUGCAUUGGCAAAUCAAGCUUGUAGUGCGCAACCAGUCUCGGAGGAGCUUUUUGAAUAUGUCGAUGACAACUCCGAUGACCCUGAAAGCCAAAGGCGGCGCUCUAGGAACAGGAACAGGAAUAGGAAUAGGGAACCUGAACACUCUAGAAAUAGGGAUAGGGAAAGGCAUGGGGAUAGCAACCAACACCGGCAACCUGAACAUUCCAGGAAUAGAGACAGGGGACACUCAAGGAAUAGUGACAGGGGAAGGCAUGGACAUGGAGAUAACAACCAACACCGUCAACCUGAACACUCCAGGAAUAGAGAUAGGGGGCACUCCAGAAAUAGAGACGGGGGAGGGCAUGGGCAUAACAAUGAACAUCGACCACAUGAAAACGGACAUCGACAAUCAAGGAACAGAGACAGGGAGAGACAUGGGCACAAUAACCAACACCACAACAACCAACACCAUCGUAGGAGUUCAAGGAGACGCCGGCAUCAUCAUUUGACACAACAAGAAAGGGAUUGUUGUAGAUGGUUGAAGGAAAUGGAUGAGGUUUGUGUUUGUCAAUUAUUGUUUCGCAUGCCUUUUUUCAUGUGGAAACCUAAGCAUGAUUAUGUGAUUAAGCUCCAGGAUGCUUGUACUGUUACAUUCAACUGCAGAGGCCGAUCAUUAUAA